AUGGGCUUCUGCACUGGGGCCAGGUGGCAGAGCAGAGUUCUCAUGGUGCCUGGCUCGAGCUCGGCUGGGCGGAGGAGCCCUGGCCUGCCCUGCUGCCCCCCGGCUCCUCCUCCUUCUCACACGGAUAAAGGGGACGGCGGGGAGCGGCUGCCCUCCUUCUCCGAGGAUUCCGGGAUCGAGGUGUAUCCUCCCCAGUAUGAAUUCUGCCAAGCAGCCCUCCCCCUGGGUGGAGAAGCAUCCUCCCACAGCCUGGCCUUUGGCCCUCUGUCCCUGCUGGCCACCCCUCGGCUGACACAGGCUAACCUCCUGCAAAGGGGGAGCCUCGGGCUUCCUUGCCCAGGGAUGCCGAAUGCCAGAAAGCACCGCCACAGCAAGUGGCCACACACAGCAGUCAGCAGUACCCCGGCCGCCUGUGUCGGCAGCCUGUCACCCGGGGUGCUGGACACACAUGAGGUGAACGAGGCCACGGGUCCAGCUUCUGCCCGGGAGCCUGCGGCCUGCGGAGGCGCCGGCCCUGCCGAGGAAUGCCUAGCUGGAUAUCGAGGUGCUUUGGAUGCCUGGCCCCGCAGGAUGACGUGCAGGCUCCCUCCUGGUGGGGCCUUUGAGGCUCCCCCACACCUGUCGAGGCCCACCCCUGGUCCCUCCUUCCCACCUUUGUCCCGUGCCCCUCCUGCCUCUGAUCGCGCUUGCCUGGCUGGCCCCCCCGGUCCAGCACCCCCCCCACCCAGACCAGCCAGGCCAGGGCUGGCUCUGCCCGCAGCCACGCCUGCUGGGCCCAAGGCCCUGGCCGUCCCCAGUGUCCAGCCGGCCUCUGCUUGCUGGGACAAGGCACUGGACCCCUGUCCCAUCCCCGUGGUUCUGAGCACAGCAGGGCCAGGCCAGAAGGGCUUCCUGCAGGAGGAGGCAGUGGGCCCUGAGCGUCAGGCCAGGCAGCUUCUCCUGACCCCCGGGCCAGACUCUACUCCAAAGCCCGCAAGCUUCAGAUCUUCCAGCUCCUUCCUUCUCUCCAGCUUUAUUGAGUCUCUUGGCUCGCCCGCCCUAGACCCCCCAAACAUGGAACAGAAGCCUAGUGGGGCCCAUGGCAUGUUCCCUGGCCCCAAGGACACAGGGAAGUGGCACUUGGCUUGGGCCAUGGAAGAUGAGCACGAACUACCCAGAAGGGAGGGGCUGGAGUCCAGAGGGACCAGCCUCUGCAGCGAUGCGCGGCAGACAGCCCAGGUCUCGCCCCCAGGCCCGGCUGUGGGCAAGGAUGUGCCCUUGCCUGCCAGACUGCGGGCCACCACCACCCCGAUGGCAGUAAAACAAGGAUGCAAUCCUGCCCCCUGUGCCCCACCAGAGCCCGAAGUUCCCAUGGACCCAGCCCUGCAGACUCUCACCUGA